AUGUCAGUGGCCGCUUACUGUGUAUUUUGCUAUAGAAAAAUAGGAACUUCUGGUCCAGCCACAAAAACACACCUACCUUGGAAUGGUAUCAGAAAAAUUGCAAAGAUAACUGGAUCGCUUAUACUAGGUGGUUUUAUAUUCAUUACAUAUGAAGUCCUGUCUUUAAAGAAAUUACUGCGAAUCGAUACUCAAGCUAUACAUCAAGAAAAACUUAAAUCCUAUGUGUACGUGCGUACAGCUUCUCUAAAUCCAAGUGAAUAUCAAGGGAUCACAUAUCAAGCCAGAAAAGAAAUCCAUAAAGCAGUGAGGAAAAUUCUAGAAACGGAAGCUAAAAUUUUCCGGAGACCUUUUAAUGAACAAUUCGGUACAUUUGAUGGAGAAGAUCAUGAAUGUGCUUUAUGGCUUCUCUUAAAGAGAAGUCAGUCAGAAGACAAAGAGGUCAGACUGCAGGCUGUACAGGACCUGGCAAACAACGGUCACUGGCAUGAUUAUCAGUAUGGUACAGUUGCCCAAACCUGCGAUCAAAGGACUGCUAUAGGUUUGGCUCGAUCCAAAGAUAUCGACCUUCGCUUUUUCCUGCCUCCACCACCAUUGCCAAAAAUAAAGAAUGAUUAUCCCAUAGAAGAUGAACUUCGCUUGUUGUUAGUAUCUUUACCUCAGACUGGUCUUGAUCCGUGUGUCCAGUACUUCACAUCUCUUGCUUUACGUGAAAGUAGUCAGACUCUUGCUGCGCAAAGGGGAGGCUUAUGGUGUUUUGGAGGAAAUGGCCUUCCAUAUUGUGAGACAUUGAGUAAAAUCCCUUCAGAGACAGUGGAACUCUUUUGCUUGCAAGCUUUAGUACAGCAUUCUAAG